AGACCGGAAGUUCUACAGGACACCGCCAUCUUUACCAACAAUCGGUCAGCUACCGGAUGAAAAGUGGCGAUAAGAACACGAAAAGACACGGUAAACACUUCAGAAACUUUCAUCACACCGAGUUACAGUCUUGGGAAAAUAUAAGUUUUGUCAACAACCACGCUGACCAUGGUGUUAAACCAGUCUCGGCUGUCAUGGCAGGUCAUUAGACUGAAACAGUCACAGAGGCGCUGUGACCCCGCUUCUCUUAACCAGAACAGGGCUAAUGCCGCAGUUCUAUCGAGCAUUUCUCUUGUUCCGUGGAGUCUGACAGCUGUUAGCACCUCAGCAGCUUCCCACUUUGCAACAUCCUCUGCAUGUUUGGCGGACUUUGACCUGCAGCCACUGAAAAGGAGAGGAAGUCCUGGGCUGAAGGUUACGGAUGUGUCUUCUGUGAAAAACAUCUCCGUCCGAGAGCUCAAUACUUCUUCCAGGGCCUUCCAGUAUGAUCUAAAACCAGACAUACCAAAAACCGAAGGCCGGAAGCUGUUUUUUGACACUCAUGCAGUUGUGCGAAUCCUUGAGGAAAAUGGAUUUAGUACUCAGCAAGCUGAAGUGUUGGUUAAAGUGCUGAUUGGAACAACAAACUCUACUAUGGAUGUUAUCUAUAGUGAUAUGGUGACCAAGGUGCAACAGGAAAUCAUGUUGCAGCAAGUAAUGUCUAAAAUUGCUUCUGUAAAGAAGGACAUGGUUAUCUUAGAGAAGAGCGAGUUCUCCACCCUUCUAGCUGAGAACGAGAAACUCAAGAACCAAUUAUUACAGCUCAAGGUCCAACUGGCUGAUGUAAUGAAUAAAGUACGCUCAGAUAAUAUUAUGGACCUGAACUGGGAGAAAAGUCGUGUAAAGGAACUGAAAGCGGAGCAUGAGAAGAGGCUUCUGGAAACAAGAACUGAGAUUCUGGAAAUGACAGCAGAGCAGGAUCGCCAUCUGACCCAUACAAACAUGAAAAUCGACACGGAGGUGGCUGGUUUAAAAACCAUGUUGGAGUCUCAUAAACUGGAUACUAUCAAAUACCUUGCAGGCUCCGUGUUCACCUGUCUCACUGUAGUCUUGGGAUUUUAUCGUAUUUGGAUGUGACCAAGAGUUGAUGAGCGCUCCUUUGUGGAAGCCUACGACCAAAGAACAGCUUUAUCAUGUUGGAUCUCAUUUAUUGUGUUUCAUUCCUAAUGUGGCGAAGGAAAGGUUUGUGGAUGUGUUCUGUUUAGGGAGAGUCCAAAUGGGAACAACACUCACCAGGGAAUCUCCUCCUUUUCUCCCAUUCUGGUUUUAUGUGGUCUCCUCCCACCUUAAUUAACUUAUCUGUAAAAACCAGUUGUGCUAAUUAAGAGAAUUGACGUUUUCUCUUGGUUACAGACGGUGCAGUGGGUCAGUCUGAGUCUCUCAAUGCACUAAUUUUCCUGGUAACAUUUAUUCAUGUCCACUCUGUGACCUCUGACUGGAGUAUGGUCAAGCUUAUGGAGGUAGAAAUGAACCUUUGGAGCUUCGCUGGCUGUUUUGUUGCCAAUGCACUCAAGGCGCCAUUAGGAACCUGAAGGAUAUUGUGAUGCAAAUAUCACUGCAAAAAGAUAUUUAUGCAUAUAACUACAGGAUAUCUUAAAAGCAUUUGUUUUAUGUGAUUUUAAAAAGUUUGGCUUUUUUUAUUUAAAUAGUUUUCACUCAUUUUGAUAAAUAAAAAGGAUCUGCUUCUUUAUCUUUUUUGCUAACUUUCUUAACAGCAAAGCCAAUUUAUUACCUUUAUUUGUAUUAAAUGUAUUUUAUUCUGUAAAUAUUUUAUGCAUGUAAAGUUGUAAAUAUAUAACUGAGAAGUGUUCAGGG